GUUUGCAUUGACUGGAAGAUUUUAACAAACUCCCAGUGAUGCCCUUCAUGUUCCUUUUUUUUUCUGGCACAUUACAAACUUUCAGAAGGGCAAACUGAACAGCCAAAAGACUCCCAGUAGAGCCUGUCUUGCGUUAUGUUAAUGUUACAGUGUAGUGUAAUGUGUUUACAGAAACAUCAAGUGCAUAUGUGAAUGAAACUGUUACCUUGUGCUUACCGUGUGCCACUCAUGACUUCUUUUACCAAGUAAAUGCAGUAGGUUUUUAUUUUUUUUGAAAUUUCUGUUGCAAAACUGGCAAUCCAUACUGUUCAUAUCUGGUCUAGUUUUAGUUCGUUCAUUUUUGAGUGUAAAAAAGUAUGCGGUAUCCAACACUAGUUUUUAGUAGUACAUUUUUAAAUGUUCAAAACCAGUAAAUGUCAGUUAUUUAUAAAAAAAAAAAAUUGUGUUUCACCACAGUGUUUUAGGUAGCAGAGGUGAGAUUUUGGUGGCAUGUUGCAGUAAUGAGGCAUAAUGUACAGAAAGCACAAAGGCUGUGGCAUUACCCACUCCUGCUUGUAAAUUAAUACCCUCCAUUUUUUUUGUAUGUCUAUGAAAGACUUUACUUUGACAUUGGUUGAAACAACACUUGCCUUUAAAUUCUUAGAUGUUAUCCUGGUGUUUUUAGAGACUUCCUGCAGCAUCUUUUGGUCAGCUCUUGGGCUGACUUUUUUAGAACACUUGGUCUAGAUAGAUUGCCAGUGAUUUGAGGUGUUCUCCUUUUGUAGAUGAUAUUUUGGACAAUGGAGUGAAUCACUACCGCAACUGACACCUGUGUGAUUAUUUUCAUAUGUUUUAAUUUGUACAGUGUUAAUCAAUGGAAUUAAAAGGUCAGUUAGGAUAACUAAGCCGUCUGGGUGUGCAAGGUAAGACUCUGCCAGCAAGCUAUUGUGCAAAGGGAAAAUGGGCGCAGUAAGUCUGAGCUGGGUGUGGGUGAUCUGCUAAGAUAAAAUGCGGCAAGGAUGCACUUUAAAAUAGGAACUUCCUAUGGGGCGAAACGUGCACAUACACUGAAUAAAGUAACAUCAUAAAAAGUGUAAGCAAUGUAUUAACCAAUCAUUUUACAUGUGAAAGUUUUAUAAUCAUGAAUCAGCUCAUUUCAUGUAGCCACCCUAAAAGAUAUCAAAAUAGAUGUAUCUCUUUGCUCAAGGAGAGACUCUGAUCAGUUUGCUGAAAGGAGGCACUCGCUCUUCGAAGAGAAAAUAAAGACGCAUUGAAUGGAAAAAGUAGUAAACUGUUUCUGCAAACAGCCUGAUGCCGUUGCCCGACUAGUUUGUUUUCCCUGGGCUGGUGGAGGCUCAAUUCACUAUGCCAGAUGGGGCAAAAUCUUUAAUAGCAGUAUCGAAGUUUACUCGGUUAAGCUUCCAGGAAGAGAAGCCAGAGCAAAGGAACCAUAUGCUGUGGAGAUUCAUGAGAUUGUCAACGAAGUUACACAUGCAUUGCUUCCACAACUUAAAGAAAAGCCAUUUGCCUUUUUUGGUCACAGUUUUGGAGCCUUAACCAGUUUUGCAACAGCUGAAUAUCUGAAACGAGUAUAUGGAUUGGAGCCUGCACAUCUCUUUGUCUCUGGCUGUUCAGCCCCACAUUCCAUUGCAAGAACAUCUUCUCAGAAGACAUCAGAAUUGCCAGACAAAGAAUUCUUAGAAUGGAUGACUACAGUGGGGGGCACCCCUCCUGAAAUCCUUGGAAACCCAGAGGUGGUGAAUCUGUUUCUUCCUGUGCUGAAAGCAGACCUCCGAGUUGUAGAAAAUUACAGCUAUCUAAAGCCACCAAGUAGUGUACUUUCUUGUGCAAUCACAGCUUUUGAUGGAACAGAGGAUGUGCCACACGACGUUGACGCCUGGAAGGAGUUAACCAGUGGAGAAUUUACAAAGCAAAUGCUUCCUGGGUCUCAUUUUUAUCUAAAGGAUCCACAGAAUGAGGCUCAUCUUGUGAAAUACAUCACUAAGUGUUUAGAAACCACAGAGAUUGAUUAUAUUUAACAAGACUUUACUACAAAAAAAAGAGUCAUAGGAAGUUUUUGGUAAUUACUCACAUUUAUAAAGAUAUAAUAUUGACAAAAUUGUCUUCAGAACUUAUCAAGGGGUAAAUAAUUAGUCCAGUUUGUUACAGUUCAACUUCAUAAAAUAAAAAUCACAAAUAAAAAAAAAAAACUCCAAACAGGGACAUAAAAAGAAUCUCAACUUGUCGUACCCCAAAAGAAAUCCUGUAGAUUUUAGAGAUAAAAAUGGAAUUUACCGUAUUUAAUAGCCCAGUAGCACAUCAGGCUAGCACAAGUUAUUGUUUACAAAGGUACAUGUUUUAAUAAUAUGAUUAUGUAAUUAUACAUAUUUAUACGUAUAUAUAUAUAUAUAUAUAUAUAUAUAUAUAUAUAUAUAUAUAUAUAUAUAUAUAUAUAUAUAUAUAUAUUAGGAAAGCAGGUCUGCGAUGAAUGGACCCUUUGAUGGAGUCCUGGAGUGCUGCAUUGAGCACAGGCUGUGGUUGGUCGUCACAGACAAAGUGAAAAGCCUGCCAUCUACAACGACAACCACAACGUUUAUGUCUGUAGCACAUCUUUAAACGAGCGAUGUAGCUCAAAGUGCUUAACAAGAUGGCAAAGAAAUAAAUGCAAUGAUAAUGAUGCAUAAUGCAGGUAGGGAUAAUAAAUCUUGAAGAAUAGUUUACAAAAAAUAAUGCACACUUGCAUAAGAUAGAUAUAUAAGCAAGAGAGACAGAGACCUUAAAUAUAAAAUUGUUUAUUUUUUUAAGUGAAGAUUCUGAUGAUAAGGUCAGUUGGCCAGGGUGGACAGAAAAAAAUAAAAGAAACUCCAGGUAAGCUGGAGAAAAAAACAAAAGGGUAAGGGUUUCUGGUCAAAAGACCACCCAACUCCCACUGGGCAUUCUGCCAAACUGAAAUGUUCUUAAGUCGUUGUUUAUGGUUUUUUUUUUUUUUUUUUGUCUUAAAGUAUUUGAUGCAGUUGGGGUCUCAUGGCAGUUGGGGUGUCUGUUUUCAUUCAAACAUUGCAGCAUCACAGGGGGCCACACAGGAGUUUAAUCAGGUGGUGUUAGCGCAGGACGCCACCACAGAAGAACACAAGAUUAAUAAAUAAUUCUGUGCAUAUAUAGUUUAUUAAGGGUAGAACUAAAAAGUACUGUGGUGGGCUGGCACCCUGCCCAGGGGUUUGUUCCUGCCUUGCAUCCUCUGUUGGCUGGGUUUGGCUCCAGCAGACCCCCGUGACCUGUGUUAGGAUAUAGCGGGUUGGAAGAUGACUGACUGACUGACUAAAAUGUAGCUAUGGAAAAACGAAUGAAAAAGUGAAUUUUUCGGCUCGUUUUUCAAAUGAUCCACAGUGUUAGCCUGGCGUAUCUCUAAUGGUAACAGAUUCCAGACUUUUGGUGCAUGACAGCAGAAGGCUACCUCAGCACUUCUUUAAUCCGCUAAAUUCUCAACACAAAACAAGAAGGCCAAAAAUGUUGUGCUACUUCUAUGUGAAAUAACUAGACCCAAAUAUCCUCUGACAUUGCCUCUUUUACUUGCUUUAUGUAUUUGUCUCAUUUUCAUUAUGUUUACAAUUUAAUUUUAUAAACAGUUAUUUAAUGUGAGCAUUCUAAGUUUCUAUGUUGCUUCACACUGAGCUUUAUUUAAUUUUUGAACGGAUAUCAGGUAAAAUAAAUAAUAGGAGUGACAUAUCUCUAGUAGGACAAAUGUGACUCAGUAUCGCUACAAAACACUGGCUUUUAAAAAAGGUAUGUGUGUGUGUAUAUAUAUAUAUAUAUAUAUAUAUAUAUAUACUAGUCAUUUAGCCCAUUACAAUAACGGGCGCUAGAACAGUAGUGCAUAAACAUUAGUAGGAACAGUCUAUAUUAAAUGGCAAGGGACUUUGACCUCAUUCUUUUUGUUAGUCGUAUUUUUCUUUCUUUCAGCCUUUCUUUUGUUGAUGUUUACUUGCUGAGCUGACCGUUCUUCGUGGGCUGCCGCCGUGUAUUGUGUGUCUUUAAUUUUCUGUGACAGUAAUACUGUCUUGUACGGCUCUAUUCAAUAAGGGCAUGCACAAAAAGGCGAGCUUCAAAAGGGCGACCUUUUAGUUCAAAUGGCUCUGGAAUAUGUGAAGAGCAACAAAGGUGCAGAUCUUUAUUUACACGCGUCUUUAUUCGCUGCGCCCAAUUGAGGUCGCCCUUUUGAGGCUCGCCUUUUUGUGUGCGCCCUUAUUGAAGGAUACCGUCUUGUACGUCCGCUGGCUUGUACGUCCGUAAUAUACCUUUAAUUUUCUCUGGCGGUAAUACAGGCGUGCGCAUCGGUAAUAUGCCUUUAAUCUCCUCUGACAGUAAUACUGGCUUAUAUGUGGCUGUAAUAUGCGUCACUGUAUUGUGUACCUUUAAUUUCCUCUUGCAGUAAUACUGGUUUGUAUUUCCGUAAAACGCCUCUAACUUUCUCUGACAGUAAUAUCGCGCAUCGUACCAUGCCCCGCGCAUGCGCACUUCACCAGAAGACACCCACAAAUGGACACCUGGACGCACACAGGGAUUUUAUAUAUAUAGAUAUUUUAUAUAUAUAUAUAUAUAUAUACAUACAUAUACACACAAGGGGCAUUUAAUUAUAAACAGGAAUUUUCAUGCUCUGUUCUUAUACAGAGUGCACGGUAGACCUGACUUCAUGGACAAACACAUACAUCUUUGAAGUUGUCGUUAGUAGUGCUAGCUGCUCUUUCCCCCCUUCCUGUCAGUUAUAAUCAACAUUUCGGAGCAGGAGGUACACAGUAGUGUUGCACAUUAGAUUAUUAUUAAACUUUUGACAAAUGAAGGAGUCAUUCCAUCUCAGAUUUAUUCCAGACUUAAAAAUCAGUUUGGGAUGAGUGUCUCUCUCUCAGUCUAGAGUGUAUGAUUUCUGCAAAUCGUUCAGAGAGAGACUAUCAUCUCUUUGGUCCACUUAAGGAAUUUUUAGGAGGGAAGAAAUUCAAGUCGAAUGAGGAGGUUAUUGAUGCUGUGCAGGAAUGGGUCAACAUUCAGUCAAAAGACUUCAACUCUUCUGAGAUUUAGGAGCUUCCUGAGCACUGGAACAAAUAGAUUGAUGUGACAGGAGGCUACAUAGAAAAUUAGUGUAUAAGUCAUUUCAUUGUAUUCAAUAAAUAAAGCAUAGCUCAUAAAGUCCUGUUUAUAUUUGAACGCCCCUAGUAUAUUAUAUACUGUAUAUAUAUAUAAUAUACACAGGUCCAUAAAUAUUUGGACAGAGACAACUUUUUUCUAAUUUUGGUUCUGUACAUUACCACAAUGAAUUUUAAAUGAAACAACACAGAUACAGAUGAAGUGCAGACUUUCAGGUUUAAUUCAGUGGGGUGAACAAAACGAUUGCAUAAAAAUGUGAGGCAACUAAAGCAUUAUUUUAACACAAUCCCUUCAUUUCAGGGGCUCAAAAGUAAUUGGACAAUUGACUCAAAGGCUAUUUCAUGGGCAGGUGUGGGCAAGUCCAUCGUUAUGUCAUUAUCAGUUAAGCAGAUAAAAGGCCUGGAGUUGAUUUGAGGUGUGGUGCUUGCAUGUGGAAGAUUUUGCUGUGAACAAACAACAUGCGGUCAAAGGAGCUCUUCAUGCAGGUGAAAGAAGCCAUCCUUAAGCUGCGAAAAAAGAAAAAACCCAUCCGAGAAAUUGCUACAAUAUUACGAGUGGCAAAAUCUACAGUUCGGUACAUCCUGAGAAAAAAAGCAAGCACUGGUGAACUCAGCAACGCAAAAAGACCUGGACGUCCACGGAAGACAACAGUGGUGGAUGAUCACAGAAUCAUUUCCAUGGUGAAGAGAAACCCCUUCACAACAGCCAACCAAGUGAACAACACUCUCCAGGGGGUAGGCGUAUCGAUAUCCAAGUCUACCAUAAAGAGAAGACUGCAUGAAAGUAAAUACAGAGGGUGCACUGCAAGGUGCAAGCCACUCAUAAGCCUCAAGAAUAGAAAGGAUAGAUUGAACUUUGCUAAAGAACAUCUAAAAAAGCCAGCACAGUUCUGGAAAAACAUUAUUUGGACAGAUGAAACCAAGAUCAACCUCUACCAGAAUGAUGGCAAAAAAAAAGAAUGGAGAAGGCGUGGAACAGCUGAUUAUCCAAAGCAUACCACAUCAUCUGUAAAACACGGUGGAGGCAGUGUGAUGGGACACAGGACAGAAGCAGCCAAAUGAAUUCUGAGGUGUUCAGAGACCUACAGUCUGCUCAAAUCCAGCUAAAUGCAGUCAAAUUGAUUGCAUGAUACAGAUGAACAAUGACCCAAAACAUACAGCCAAAGCAACCCAGGAGUUUAUUAAAGCAAAGAAAUGGAAAAUUCUUGAAUGGCCAAGUCAGUCACCUGAUCUUAGCCCAAUUGAGCAUGCAUUUCACUUGUUGAAGACUAAACUUCAGACAGAAAGGCCCACAAACAAACAGCAACUGAAAGCCACUGCAGUAAAGGCCUGGUAGAGCAUUAAAAAGGAGGAAACCCAGCAUCUGGUGAUGUCCAUGAGUUCAAGACUUCAGGCUGUCAUUGCCAGCAAAGGGUUUUCAACCAAGUAUUAGAAAUGAACAUUUUAUUUCCAGUUAUUUAAUUUAUCCAAUUACUUUUGAGCCCCUGAAAUAAAGGGAUUGUGUUAAAAAAAUGCUUUAGUUGCCUCACAUUUUUAUGCAAUCGUUUUGUUCACCCCACUGAAUUAAAGCUGAAAGUCUGCACUUCAUCUGUAU